ACGGGACGUUCGGACUCCGUGUCACGGUUCAAGGACCAUGGGAGCAGAAAUUUCGAGCAUCGACAAGGGAUUGAAGUGCGAUUGCUGCUCAAACUUAUCGAGCAACAAAGAGCAGGGGAAGAGCAAAACAGGCUACCGCUUCCCUACCACAAGACCGAGCGUGUCUUCGAUCAAUCAGGGAGUCCUGCUGGAUAACCUGCUGACAUUAUCCGAGCACGGCCAACCUCAGGCCCUGCAGUCGUUUCUGGACGCAAGAAAGGACGCGGUCAAUGUGAACAUGCAGAACGAGGAGGGAGAUACGGCACUCCAUCUUGCAGCUCGAAAGGGGAAGAUCAACAAUUGCAAGAUCUUGCUGCAGCGAGGAGCUGUGCUGCUCAAGAACAACGAGGGCAAGACAGCGCUGGACAUAGCGAUUGAAUCGAAUCACAUCUACUGCGCAGGAGCCCUGCGAAGUGUGGAAGGGAAGCAGCUGCAGGAGCAGGACAGUGCGAAUGCUACUGUUAAGCACGCGUUGGAGUACUUCAGCCCCCCGCUAGAGGUCACUGGCCUCUAUGACUACGAGGCCUCCGAUUCGCUUCCGUUCCCCCCCGACCACAGAAUGGAGCUUCAUAUCCACAAGGGAGAGAAGUUUGACGUCAUCUUCAUCCGUCCGGAUGGCUGGUGCCUGGCCAGUCGACCUGGGAUGAAGUACCAGGGUUACAUCCCCGGGAACUUUGUUACAUCAAACGGAUCCGAACCUCUCGUUCAGAUUCGAAACUAACAACAUCCAACAG